AUGGCCAGCAGCAACAGAGAUAACAAAGACAUUCGAAGGCUCCCCACCGACAAGUCCAUCACCUUCCGACCCACGAGGAUCCUGUACCUCCGUCCACUGAUUGACAAGGACCAACACUCCGAAAUCCUCGACCUCACCGCCCGUCUCGAACCACUGUUCCGCGACGACAUCACGCCCGAAUUCCAGGAGCUCGUUCAAUUGACGCUGCGGGCCAACCCGGUUUUCCCACCGACAUGGGUCAUCAACGGGCCGGCGAAGUUCGUAGCCUCGCAUCUCACCGUCGAGGCUUCUUCAUCCACAGCGGAAAGCGGGACUGGACAGACGACCAAAGCCGCUGUUGCUGAAAUCCGAACACACCUUCUGAACUUUGGUACCGUUCACAUCCGCUUCCCGGCGAACUCGAUGCACAGCACGCAUGAGAUCAAGGUCGAGCCGCUCUCGCAUCGGUCUCGUGCGCAAGUAUUCACGAAAGACAGCGUACCCUAUGUCUGGGACACUUCUUCCUCUGGCGCGUCGACCACGACAGCAGACAGGGGUUCAACAUUCUGGAGCAAGCCCAUGGCGUUGAGUGGACGCUUGGCGCUGUCUAAGGCUGUGGCGGGAAAGAGAUUCGAGGUCGCUCGGUAUGAGAGUGCGAGUGGGAAGUUUGAACUGGGGGGUCUGCUGGUGCUGGAGGAUCGAGAAGUCGAUGUGCUUGUUGCGGUGCUGACGCUUGUGGCGGUGUUGGGCCAGAAUGAUUCAUUUUUGGCACCGGGGCUGGAUUUGAUGGGCUAG